GGCUGCGGGGGGAGGCGGCCCGACGUCCUCAGAAGUUGAGCAAACACCUCCUCCUCCUCCCGGCUCGCAUCCCAAUUGUUGCCGGGACUUCGGGGCCUACCCUGCCGGGACCCGGGAGCUGGGAGGCGGCGGGGACCGGUCAGCGCCCGGCAGGACGAGUCACCAGGCUUCGAGAUGCUGCGCACGUGUAGCACCAGGCUGGGCCGGCUGGGGCUCAGCCUCCGCAGGGGGCUUCACCACAAGCCCGUGAUGGCCCUGCGGCGGGAGGAUGUGAACGCCUGGGAGAGGAGGGCGCCGCUGGCUCCCCGGCACAUCAAAGGAAUCACCAACCUGGGAUACAAGGUCUUAAUCCAGCCCUCCAACCGGCGAGCCAUUCACGAUGAGGAAUAUGUCAAAGCUGGCGGCAUUCUUCAGGAGGAUAUUUCUGAAGCUUGUCUUAUUGUGGGAGUUAAAAGACCCCCAGAGGAUAAGUUAAUGCCCAAGAAGACCUACGCAUUCUUCUCCCACACAAUAAAGGCCCAGGAGGCCAAUAUGGGCCUAUUGGAUGAGAUUCUAAACCAGGAAAUCCGACUUAUUGAUUAUGAGAAAAUGGUGGAUCACAGAGGAAUCCGGGUCGUGGCGUUCGGACAGUGGGCCGGUGUGGCAGGGAUGAUCAACAUUUUGCACGGAAUGGGUUUAAGGCUCCUUGCUUUGGGACAUCACACACCUUUUAUGCACAUUGGCAUGGCCCAUAACUAUAGGAACAGCAGCCAGGCUGUGCAAGCUGUCCGUGACGCUGGCUAUGAAAUAUCUCUGGGUUUGAUGCCCAAGUCGAUAGGGCCGCUAACAUUUGUGUUCACAGGGACUGGUAAUGUAUCGAAGGGGGCCCAAGAAAUCUUCAAUGAACUGCCCUGUGAAUAUGUGGAACCACAUGAAUUAAAAGAAGUUUCCCAAACCGGAGACCUGAGGAAAGUGUAUGGAACGGUGAUAAGUCGCCAUCAUCACCUCGUCAGGAAGACAGAUGGUGUAUAUGACCCUGUGGAAUAUGACAAAUACCCUGAGCGCUACAGAAGUCGUUUUAAUACCGAUAUUGCACCCUUCACAUCUUGCCUUGUUAAUGGAAUCUAUUGGGAACAAAACAGCCCGCGUCUACUCACCCGCCAAGAUCUUCGGAGUCUCCUGGCUCCAGGCAAGUCCCCUGUUGGUGGUGUGGAAGGCUGCCCUGCAUUGUCACACAAACUUGUAGCAAUAUGUGACAUUUCUGCAGACCCAGGAGGAUCUAUAGAGUUUAUGACUGAGUGCACGACAAUAGAGCAUCCCUUCUGCAUGUAUGAUGCAGACCAGCAUAUUCUUCAUGACAGUGUUGAAGGUUCUGGGAUUCUGAUGUGUUCCAUUGACAAUUUGCCCGCGCAGCUUCCAAAAGAAGCUACAGAGUGCUUUGGCGACAUGCUUUAUCCUUAUAUUGAAGAAAUGAUAUUAUCAGAUGCAACACAGCCUCUUGAAAGUCAGAAUUUUUCUCCUGUGGUGAGAGAUGCAGUGAUUACAUCCAACGGUAUUUUGACUGAUAAGUAUAAAUAUAUCCAGAAACUCCGAGAGAGCAGGGAACGUGCUCAGUCACUUUCAAUGGGCACCAAGAAAAAGGUCUUGGUCCUUGGAACUGGUUAUGUAUCCGAGCCUGUAUUGGAAUACCUGUCAAGAGAUAACAACAUAGAAAUAACAGUAGGCUCUGACCUAAGGAAUCAAAUUGAGCAGUUAGGCAAGAAAUAUAAUAUCAAUCCUGUUAUCAUGGACAUCAGUAAACAGGAAGAGAAGUUGUCCUCCUUGGUGGCAAAACAGCAUCUUGUCAUCAGCUUGUUGCCUUACGUAUUGCAUCCUCUUGUGGCCAAGGCAUGCAUCAAAAGCAAAGUUAACAUGGUCACGGCAAGCUACAUCACACCGGCACUAAAGGAAUUAGAAAAGAGUGUGGACGAUGCUGGCAUCACAGUCAUUGGUGAACUGGGAUUGGACCCUGGUCUUGAUCACAUGCUGGCAAUGGAAACGAUAGAUAAGGCCAAAGAAGUGGGAGCCACGAUUGAGUCUUACAUUUCCUACUGUGGUGGGCUUCCAGCCCCUGAACAUUCAGACAAUCCUUUGAGGUACAAGUUCAGCUGGAGUCCAGUGGGGGUUUUGAUGAACAUAAUGCAGUCUGCCACCUACUUGCUCAAUGGAAAGGUGGUCAACGCCGAAGGGGGUGUCGCCUUUCUGGACUCGGUGACUCCCAUGGAUUACUACCCCGGGUUAAAUUUGGAAGGCUAUCCUAACAGAGACAGCACCAAAUAUGCUGAAAUUUAUGGCAUUUCGUCUGCUCACACUUUGUUGCGAGGGACACUGAGAUAUAAGGGAUAUGCCAAAGCCUUGAAUGGACUGGUGAAACUGGGUCUUAUAAACAGAGAUGCAUUUCCAGCACUUCGACCCGAGGGCAAGCCUCUCACCUGGAAAGAGCUCCUGUGUGAUCUAGUUGGGAUUCCGCCCUCCUCCACGCAGGACGCGCUUAAGGAAGCUGUCUUGAAGAAACUAGGCGGAGACAGCACCCAGCUGGAGGCUGCUGAUAGGUUGGGCUUGCUUGGGGAUGAGCAAGUCCCUCGGGCAGAGUCUGUUGUGGAUGCACUUUCCAAGUAUUUGGCCAUGAAACUUUCCUACGGUCCUGGAGAGAAAGAUAUGAUUGUGAUGAGAGACAGCUUUGGAAUCAGACAUCCUUCUGGGCAUUUAGAAAAUAAAACUAUUGACCUUGUGGUUUAUGGAGACAUCAAUGGCUUUUCAGCCAUGGCUAAAACUGUGGGGUUCCCCACCGCGAUGGCAGCCAAGAUGUUGCUAGAUGGUGAAAUUCAUGCUAAAGGCCUAAUUGGACCCUUUUCAAAGGAGAUCUAUGGACCAAUAUUGGAGCGAAUUAAAGCAGAAGGCAUUAUCUAUACAACACAGAGCACAAUCAACCCUUAAUUGAGAAUUAUAUUUUACUUUUAUCUUCCCAAGCAAUACAGCUCUGAACAUUUGUGCAACAAACAUGUUUGCUACAGUACUAUUUUAAAGUAUAAAACAUAUAUUUUGAUUGUCAUUACAAUGAUGUUUUUGAAAUAUAAAUCUCUAUUUUCUUAUGCAAAUAUUUGGAACAGGAUAUGCCAGUAAUUACCAGAGAACUUUAAUAAUUCUAUCAUGUAUUUUUUCACAUGUGUGUAAAAGUGAUGAUGAUUGUAUUAUUUGUUAAUUUAUUGUGCAACUGUUUUCCUACAAGAAUAUAUUUUCCUAUAUUCAGCAGAUGAAGUUUCAUCUUUUUAGAUAGAAAAUAUUUCCUCAACAUCACAGAAAUGCAAAGGAUCCUAAAAGACUACUACAAUGAUAUGCCAGCAAAUUGAAAAACCUAGAAAAAAUGGAUAAAUUUUUGGAAACAUACACCUUCCAAGACUGAGUUAUGAAGAAAUAGAAAAUCUGAGUAGACCAAUUAUAGGUAAUAAAAUUGAGUCAGUAAAUUAAAAACUUCCCCCAAAGUCCAGAAUCUGAUGGCUUCCCAGGUGAAUUCUACCAAGCAUUUAAGAAGCAUUAACACUUACCUUUCUCAAAUCAUUCCAAGAAAUUGGAGAGGAAGGAACACUUCCAAACUCAUAGGAAUAGAUUGAGAGUCCAGAAAUAACUCUCACAUUUAUGGUCAAUAGAUUAUUGGAAAGGUUACUAAGACAGUUUACUAGAGAAAAAUAGUGUUUUUAUCUAUUGGUGCUGGAACUGAAUAUCUACAUGCUUAGAAAUGAAGUUGGACCCUUACCUCACAGCACAUAUAAAAAUUAAGUCAAAGCGAACCAAGGGCCUAAAUAUAAAAGCAAACACAAUAAAACUAUUAGGAAAAAUUAUAGGCAUAAAUCUUCAUGACCUUGAUUUUAUGGCAAUAAUUUCUUAAAUAAAUGAAACCAAAAGCACAAGAAACAAAAGGAAAAGAAGAUUGGACAUCAUCAGAAUAAAAAACCUUUGUGCUUCCAAGGGUACCAUCGAAAAAGCAAAAUGACAAUUCAAAGAAUGAGAGAAAAUGUUCGCAAAUCAUAUAUCAGGUAAGGGAGGAACUUGUAUUUAGAAUACAUAAAGAACUACUAUAACCCAAUAAAAAGACAAAGAUCCCAAAGUAAAGAAAUGGACAAAGGAUCUGAAUUGACAGUUCUCCAAAGAAGAUAAACAAAAGGCUAUCAGCACAUACAAAGAUGCUCAACAUCAUUAGCUAUCAGAGAAAUGCAAAUCAAACUUACAACGAGGCAUCACUUCAUACUCACCAAGAUAGUUGUAAUAAAAGCAUGCUGGUGAGGAUGUAGAGACACCGGAAGCCCUCAUAAAGGCCUGAUGGAAAUGCAAAAUGGUGCCGUUGCUUUGGAAAACAGUUCAGCGCAAAGGCUAAACAUAGUUACCAUAUGGCCCAGCAAUUCCACUCUUAGGUAUAUACACAAGAGAAGUGAAAACAUACCAUGUCCAUGCAAACUUGUAAAGAAAUGUUUGUAACAGCAUUAUCCAUGAUAGCCAAAAAUGAAAACAAUCCAAACGUUAGUCAACUAAUAAAUGCAUAAACAAAAGGUGAUGUAUUCAUACAAUGGAAUAUUUGACAAUAAAAAAAAUACAUGAAUUACUAAUACAGGCUACAAGAUGGAUGGACCUUGAAAGCAUUGUGCGAAGUGGAAGAAGCCAGACAGAAAAGGCCACAUAGAUGAUUUCAUUUAUAUAAAAUGUCCAGAUUAGUCAAAUCUGUAUGUAGAGAAACUAGAUUAGAGGUUACUUAGAGUUGGAGGUGAGCGGAAGUAACUACUGAUGAGUUGGGGGUUCCUUUUUGGGGUGAUGAAAAUGUUGUACAGUUGAUUGUGGUAAUGGUGGAUAAUUCUGAAUAUCCUAAAAAAAAAUCACUGAGUUAUAUACUUUGAAUAUACAUUGUAUGAGAUGUGAAUUAGAUCUCAAGUUGUUAUAAAAGAGAUUCGAUUACA